AGACCCUGUCUAAUAGGAGGUGGCUAAAACAUGGACCCUGAAAGUAGCUUGUACACUCCACUCCUGAGGACAAUUGAGGAGUCUCCCACAUCCCCAAUGGCAUCAGCAUCCAUGAAAAUUUUGACCUCUCUCUUGGCUGUUGCCUCCAUCACUAUUGGCACUGUCUACUUGGAUUCUUGUCCCAAGCAAUACUUGAUCCCAAUUUAUUUGAUUGUUUCUGGAAGCUUUACCCUGUUCUUUGUGAUGAUUUCACUCGUUUCAUGUACCCCAAAUGAUGAGAGCAAUAUUUUGGCUUUCCAUAAAAUUGGCAGGGUUUGGAGAAGUCUCCUAUCACUGUUCUCCUUCAUCUGGUUUAUAACAGGAAAUGUUUGGAUCUACAGCAUCUAUGAGCCAGAAUAUAUUGACAAAACAUCUCCCAAUUACUGUGAUAAAACUCUCUACUUUUUUGCUUUCUGGGCCACCACUGUCACAUACAUCCUCCUUGGGAUUGCACUGUUUCUUGGAUUCUGUGGCUUGCUUUCUGCAUGUGCUUUAGGUGGGACCCUGCGCAUCAAGCAACAAAGCAAUUGAAUGUUUGGAUGAAGAAAUCCCUUUUCCCACACUGGGGGAAAUGUCUUGAAUCUGCUCACUAUUGAAUAUGCCUGCCUAUUGUGGGUGAAAUUUAGUUCAAAUUAGCAGUGCAUGUUUGGACCUUUUUUAAAAAAAAACUGAAAACACUGUUCUACACAGAUGGAAGUAAAACUGCACUUUGUAUAUAAUUCUGAAACAAUGGCUGUUUUUAUUUAAAAGUUGGAUGUAAAAUUUCUAAUACAAGCAGUAACUUGA